AUGUCGACGCCUAGACGCAAACGUGUUCAACCAAUUAUGACUGAAGAUGAGGAUGAUAAUACUGAAUUAACUAGCAAUGAAAUUCUUGUUUCUUCAUCAUUAUCAUCAUGUAAUAUUGAUAUACAAGAUAUUACACCUUCUCUUUCAACAUCAAUCGAUAUACAACAAUCAAUUAAAAAAAACUUAUAUGUUCCAUUAAAUUUUGAUGAAUUAUCUCAUAUAAGAAAUGUUCAAACGAAUAGUGAAUUUGCCAUAUUACUUUAUGAUUUUAAUUUAUAUAGAACUGUUAUUAAUGGUCAUAUAUGUUUUUCAUGUCGAAAAGUAAAAUUUUCUUUAUUACAUCCAAGUUUUCGUUGUGCAAUAUGUUUACAACAUAUUUGUUCUAAAUGUCAACGUAAAAUAAAUUCUCGUCAUGAUAAUAUUUGUUUUGUUUCAUUAAAUUUAUUACGACGUUCAUCAACAACAAUAUCAACAUCAUUAACAAAUAAUAUGAUAAUAAAACAAAAUGAAAAAACUCAUUCCGAAUUAUCACCAACAAUAAAUAAAUGUAAAAAACUAGAUAAGAAAAAAAUUUCAAAUAAUAGUUUUACAUGUUGUAUCGAUUGUUUCAUAUUGUUCGAUCCAUCAUCAAUUGUAUAA